UGCUGUUUCUGCUUCCUUUUGCUUUCUCGUGCCCUCUUUUUUCUCCCUCCGUCAUCAGCGCCUCUUUCCAGCCGUCGUCACUUCUGGCCGCUCGGUCUGGGGUCCGAUCCUGUCUGGUGAGGCCGCGUCGGAGCUAGGAAAAUGUCUGAUGAAUUUUCAUUGGCAGAUGCUCUACCAGAACAUUCGCCUGCCAAAAAUUCCACUGUGAGCAGUACAAAACCUGGUCAGCCACCACAGGGUUGGCCAGGUUCCAAUCCUUGGAAUAACCCAAGUGCUCCACCUUCUGUGCCAUCUGGACUUCCACCAAGUGCAUCACCCUCUAGUGUGCCUUUUGGACCUACACCCACAGGAAUAUAUCCCUCAGUGCCUGCUGGACCACCCCCUGGACCUCCAGCACCCUUUCCUCCCUCUGGACCAUCUUGUCCUCCACCUGGUGGUCCUUAUCCAACUCCAUCUGUGCCAGGUGCUGGCCCUACAGGGCCAUAUCCUACACCAAAUAUGCCUUUUCCAGACCUUCCACGACCAUAUGGUACACCCACAGAUCCAGCUACAGCUGGUCCCCUAGGGCCAUGGGGAUCCAUGUCUUCUGGACCGUGGACACCAGGAAUGGGAGGGCAGUAUCCUACACCUAAUAUGCCAUAUCCAUCUGCAGGGCCAUAUCCUACUCCUCCCCAAGCACCAACAACAGCACCACCUAUUCCAUGGGGAGCUGUUCCACCUGGAGCAUGGGGACCACCAGCACCAGCUCCAUUUCCUGCACCUGUGGGAUCAUAUCCUGCACCAGGACUCUAUCUUACUCCUAAUAAUCCUUUUCAAGUGCCUUCUGGACCUACUGGUGCUCCACCAAUGCCUGGUGGUCACCAUUCUUACCAUUGAGUUUUUGAUGGACAAUGAGACAACUCUACUUUCCAGAGUGUGUAUGUAUGUAUGUGUAUACUAUAUAUGUAUAAUAUACACACACACACACACACACAUAUACAUAGAAUUUCUGGUUUCAGUGCUCUUGGGACACUUCACAAAAAGGGUCUCAGACAACUUAAAGAAGACUCGGCUCUUGGACCUGGAUAUACACUUGGAAUUAGAGAUGAUAUCGUAAACUUUAAAAUUAUUCAUAUGUAUUUUCAUUUGUUGUACUAAGGGAAAUCAAAGUAAUUAAGUAUACUGACUAACUCUUGGUAGAAUUUGUGGAAUAUUCUUUUUUUUUUUAAAUUAUGAAACCACACUUAAGAAAUCUAUGUUGAUGUGGUUACUAAUUACCUAUAACUUGUUGGAAAUUAUUUCAAAUAUUUUCUUUGACAUCUUUGUUUCCCUGAAUAAAUAUAUUUCUGACAUCAUUUUGCCAUGUUUUUUAAAAAAAAGACCAAAUGAAUGCCUCUAAGCAUUUUGAACAGUAUUUGUCUGCAGAGUAAAUAAACUUUGUGCUCCUGGGUUAUAAUUCUGGAGUAAAUGUUUAAAUAUGAGUUAUGAAUUAGUGCUUAUCAAGUCUUGAAAGUGUAUUUGCUAGUGUGCAUAUCCUUGAACACUGAAUAUUAAAUAUUCUCGCUUUCUACCAGCUAUCAUUCUGAGUUAUUUUAGUUCUUUUUUGUUUUUAGUAAUUUGAAUUGUAAUUUUACAGUCAUCCAUGGACCCUGCUUGGACUUUGUUUAUUCAUGCUAACAUAUCCAGUGACAUAGCUAUGGUGACUUUUGAUUGUGUGAUGAGUUAUCCACAUUGUUGAAGAUGAAGAGAUCAAGAAAGGGAGGACCUUUAUCUUCCCUGUCUUGUACCCCAAAGAAGAGCCCUGGGAAUCGAUUUGCAACAUUUUCUCAGUCCUACAGAACUUUGGCAGUCCCUGGGGAUUCCUUUAGUUCCAAAAUGGAACUUCCCUUUGUACCUUCCUUGAUAUGGAGAACUGAUGACAUUCUUGACAUCUUCCCCAAUGAUGUACAGCUAUUUAUCAUAUUUAUAGAACCUUAUGUAUUGGAGACUUGAUUCUUCUCUGGAAGUCUCAUAACCAUAUUAGUUGUUUCCUGCCAAGUGUUUUAGUUGUCUUUAUGAAAUGCUUAAUGCAAAAGAAUUGAGUGAUUUCUCUUAAGAGAAUAGUUUCCAAAUACUGAUAUCAAGCUUAUGUGUAUAUGUAGAGUAUAUGAGACAUGGAAGUAAUGUUUCCAUUUGAUGUCGACAAAUUCAACAAAUAUUAAAUAGAAAAUUUGUAGGCUUGCUGCUUUAUCUCAAUCACAUUGCCAAAUUUGGACUAGUUUGAAUAUAUUUGUCAGGUCAUUUUAAAAUUUAAUGUUCAUUUAGUAAUUAAAAGCAUUGAGAGCUGUUGAAUAAUUAUUGAAAAAAGACAUGCAUAUUGUGGCACUGACACCUUUUAAAAUCUAAACACUUAAAUUACUCUUAAAAUUAAAAUUUUUAAGAAUGCCAAAUAUUGCCAAUUUAACAUUCUAACUACCUCUUUGAAUUAAAGUAGAUAUUAAUACCUUUUGAGAGUACUUUCAGUGAUCCCUUAUUUUAAACUUCAGAAUUUCAAACAUUUUAAAUAAGAAUGAAGCAGAAAACUAAUUUGUUUUAUAUAAUGUGGAACCUAGAACUUUAUAUAUUUUCAGAACUGGAGAACAUCAUGUAUAAGGUUAGGGACAACAGCUCUUCUAAAAUAUUGUGCUAGAUCUUAAACAUUUUUCAUACUUUUGCAGUCCAAGGUCACAUGAGCAUUUGGGAGAUGGCCUUUUGGCAGUAGCAGUUAGGAAACCUAACCUGUUUCUAGUGUUCUAAGUUAGGAGUUGCAGAUAGCCUUCCUUCCUUCAAACCUUCAUUUUACUGGAAUUCUUUAUCAAAAUGCCAGUGUAUCUGUAGAGAAUCUGCUUAAUAAACCACUUAAGUAUUUAGCUACUACUAGUUUAUAUAAGAAUAAGAAAAGGAACCUUGUGGAGGGUGGAGUGAGAUGAGAUUGGAUUGGGGAAUGAGAAAAUGAACUAACUGCAAUGGGAGACUUCAAAGACAUUUUAUCUUUCUCAUUUUGCCUAAUAGGUAAGUAUAUAAAGAGGGAGGCAAGAAGGGACAAAAGUUUGGCUAAUAGUAGAGUCCUAAGAUCCCCACAUGUGGAGUGAAUUAUUUAUGCCUCCAGGUUUUGUUCAUUUGAAGCUUAACUAGGAGUAGCUAAGAUUCCAUUUUACAUCAACUGUAUUAGCAUGAUCCCAAUUUGGAAUCUCUUCCUCACCAACACUUCAAAAAAUUAAGACUAUUCUUUUUGUAUUUUUGUGAGAAUAGAUCUCUAACCUUUGCUGGUUGGGAGGAAUAUCUAUAAUCAUGUAAUCUCAUUCUCUGAAAGUAUUUUCCAAAAGGGAAACUCAGAACUUAGAGAAAGGGAAGAAUAAGGGCCAGUAAAUGUUUUUAGGGAUAGAAUGAAAUUGGGAGAUUUGGAAACCAGAAGGAAAAUGAAAAAACAAAGAAUAUUCUUAGAAGAGUUACUUCCUGAGCAAGAAGUUAAGAUAUAAAUAGAACAUAUUAAACUAAUGAGAAUUUGUGUAAAUGGGACUUAUGACUUUAGAAUAUUAAGAGAAGCUGUUUAUACUUUGGGAAAUUUGGUUCUCAAAUGCAGAGUUUUUAAAAAACAUGAAUGCUGGGUCAUUCUGCAGUUGAUAGGGACAAUUAAGAUGUUAAGUGUAUAAUUUUUGGAAUUGAAUUCUGAAUUUGGGAAUAAACUUAUAGUCAUUGGGUUUGGAAACAAUUAGAUAAUAUCCCAAAUAACAAUGUAAGAUUAUAUAUUAUUUAAAAAAAUAAGUUGUUACUGCAUACAUGUCUCCUUAGGUCUGCCUGUAUAAAUCUCAAUUCUAAAAGGGUCUAUAUAUAUAGUAUGUUAACGGUGUGUUUGGAAAAGUCAGUUUUCCCUAGAUAGGACUCAAUCUGGCAUCCUUUAAUAUUGGUUAAUGGGGUUUUUUCCACAUACUCUGACCUAUCUUGUGAAAGAUCAUUUGCUGAUUACCUUGGAUUUAUAGUAGAGAUUGGAAUUGGCUGUCCUUAAUAGAAUAGACAAGGUAAAAUAGUCAGGUGUGAAAUUCUGCUGGCAUUUCCAGCCUGAGCCACAAUAGUAUAUUGAGUCCUUAGAAUGUUUUCUUAAUUUUUUUGCCUAUCAUAUAAUCAGUUAAAAAUAAACAAGUUACUAUAGUCAUUUAUGGCUUAAAUUUAAAUAGUCAAUACUUGCAAAACUAAAUUCUCCCAGAAUCAUGAUAAUCCAUUCCAAUGUUUCCUUUCUUCACCCUGAAUAAUAGUUGGAUUUAAUUUCAGAGUUUAAAAAUAAACACUAAUUAAUCACUGUAGAAUUAUUUUAAAGCAAAACCCUAAGAUUAAGUGAGUAUAUAUGCAUGACUUACAAUUCAAAUAAUAUACUCUACUUUGAUUUCAUUUCAAGGAGUAGUAUGAAUAAUUAUAACUAGAUUAUAAUUUAGUCUUAAGGAAAUAUUUGAUAUGGAAGACAAACACCAUCCCAUUCGUGAAAUUUCAGCCAAAUAUAAGAUUGUUAAUAGAAUAUUUGUUGCUGUUGUUACCUUGAGAGCAGACCAUGAAAUAAAAACUCUUCUAAUUGGAGUUAAUAAAUGUUGAGGUAAGGGGGAAUUUCCUAAUUAACAGUGCCCUAAUGGGCUAUUUCAGGGUAAUGAGUUCUCCAUCACUGGAAGUCUUUAAGUAGAGGCUAGAUGAUCAUUUCUCAGGAUGUUCACUUAUCAGGGAUGUUGGAGAGAGAAUUCCUAUUCAGGUAUGGAUUAGACUAGUUGUCUUUUGAGGUCCCUUCCAAUUCUAAGGUUCUGUAAGGUCUAAGAAAAUAUUUUCUUUCCUUUCAUCAUUCCCUUGGUUGCUAAUGACAAGGAUGACACUGAUUAAUUGAUGCUAGUUUGUCAUUAUGUAAACACAAGUUCUGAGUAUAUGCCCUAUAAAAUCUAAUGUAUUUUUUGUUGUAUUGUGACUUGUAUUUUUUUUUACAUCAAAUUUACUGUUUAAUUGUCUAUACAUUUUAGGUUAAACUGCCUGAGAUGUGAUUUGAGACAUGUUCAUUUGUUUGUAUUUGAAAUGUAAGCAAUCACAGCUUGAAACGAUAGAAGUUAUCACCUGCUGCUGUAUUGUCUAUAAGCAAAGGCAAAUGUUGCUCUAAAGUAAGAAGUAAUUAAAACUAGAAAUAGACUGUAGAUGUGAUGUCAUACUUAAAGAUAGAUUUGUUUUGCUUUUGUAUAUUAUUCCUGAAAAUUAAAAAUGUAUUUUCAUGA